UGGCUUAACAAACAAAACAAGGAGCGGUGGCUGGAUGACAUGUCUGCUGCUUGACGGCGUUUAUUGGCGACAGCUUGGCUGCAAGCAGGGCAGCUUGGGCCCUCUAAAGAAACGCACUAUUUCUGAAAAUCACGAAGCUCAAGGUGGAUAUUUUCCGGUGAGAAAUGGCCGAGGGAGGCUUUGACCCUUGCGAGUGUAUCUGCACUCAGGAGUACGCUAUGAGACGCCUCAUCAACCUGCUGAGACAGUCUCAGUCCUACUGCACGGACACAGAAUGCCCUCAAGAGUUGCCAGGACCCACUGGGCCAGGAGGUGGAGGAGGGGACCUGACCCUGUCCAUGGUUCUGAUGGGCUGGGUGGUGGUGGCCCUGGUCCUGUUUCUGCUGCGCCCAUCCAAUCUCAGGGGCCCACAUCCUGCAGGAAAACCCUCUGGACCUCAUCACAGUGAAAGACGGGAACCUCCAGCACCACCUGUGGAUUAACAGAGGAGCAGGACCACCAGCAACCAUCAAGAUGCUCAGACCAGGACAGCUGCAGCUCCCUGUCAGCCCUCACUAACAUAUCUCUUCGUUUUUCUUUCCAUAGGAUUGUCCAAACAAGUUGUUUUUUGUUCUGGUAACCGAAGCCCGACUGACACCCGCACAGGUUUUAUAAUCUUUCUGAUAUCCAAAUAAAAUAUAAACCAAAAUUAUUAUAAACUAUAGAAAGUGAGCUGAAAUAAUUUCAGCAGGUUGACAAUUGAGGCUAAUUGCAUAAAUAUCUUACAGGAUAAACUGUGUUAUAUUUUGUUUAUAACACAGGAUUGACUGAUAAAGCUGGUGUGUGGAGGUAUCAGUUGGGCUUCUUUAGUUAGUUCAGAGUCUUUAAUCAGAAGGUGUGUCAGGGUUUAAAGCUGGUCCCUCAUCCCGGCUCUGCUGCUGACAAAUACUUACAAAAUGAAAAAUGGUCCACAGGAUGAGGGCAGAGGGGAUCCAGGAAGUCCCCAAUAAGUGUUUUUUUUUUCUUUGUCCCUGUUGUGUUCUUGAGUCUGAAACAUUCCUGUCUUUCACUUUUUGAAAGUUUCGAACUAUAAGUUACUGUAAUAACGUCACAUCACAUCAGGUGUUGACAGUUUAAUUAAACCAGCCCACUGACAGAUCUUGCAUCAUUUCAUGGUUUAAGCUCUAUCAGAAACAGGUCAGGUCCACUUUAUUAGCUGUCUUUAUUGUCGUGAAUGUUCUGCCCCUCCAAAUAUCAUUUUGUUGUGGUGUGAGUGAGUGAAAUGAAAAAUUUAUAGUCAUUAAAAUGUAUUUCAUACACAUGGCACAGAUACAUUUAAAAUAAUAUAUGAACUAAUAUAGUUUAUAAUAUGAUUUCCAGUUUAUAAACUUAGGCCAAACUAAUUUUCAUAAGAUGAUGUUUGCUUUUGAUUCCUUUUGAAGAUCUGAAAUGCUGAUUUAUUGAAUCUAAAAGAAGAAAAGCAACCCAAGGUGUCUGUUUCAGCUUCUGUAUGAUGCCAGAUUAUUUGAAUUGAAUGAGAAUACAUCUUUGAACAGUGCCAAUCUGAUUGUUUAGUAAAAGCAUUUAGAGCACUUUAUUCAGACCUUUUCCCCCCUUAUUUUAGUGGGAACAGUUUUUCACUGUUUGCAGAGUCUUCUUCCCUUUUAUCACAAUAUACAAGUAAACAGACAUUCAGUCCAGAGUUACUGUCUGAUCACUGAUUUUACAUUCUGCAGCUUUUCAAAUUACAUCUUUGCUUUGUCAGUAAACUGUAACUAGGUCUUUGGUUACCUCCAGAAUGAAUCUUAUGCCAGACUUUUUUCUUUUAAAUGGUUACUCUUUAUUUUCAUAUCAACAUGUGUCUUCCUUAGUAGUACUGCAUCGUACCAGAGUUGGAAAAGCAGGGAACAGCUGUAACAAUCAUAGUCUUGAAUUUUUGUAUACAGUGAUGAGGGAAACAGGACAAUAUCUCAGAGAUUAAAUUGUGAAUUAUUCAGUAUCGAAGGAGACCUUGAAUGAAUCAAAGUAAAAGGGCUUCAACUAUGCACUUUUCCUACAAGAAAAUAAAAAUCUAAAUCUUUA